ACCUACCAGCUCCUCUCGUCUUCCAACAGGAUGCAAAACUUCUCCGGAGAGGAAGGAGGGAAGCAGCUCCUCACUGUUGUCAGAUCUUACUGCCACUCCCUUCACGCCUGUUGACUAGGUGGGUUAGUUAGACACUAGUGCGACUCUCCUCAGCCUGUUGACUAUUAGGUGUAGGUGAGUUAGGCAGGACAGAGUGAGACCAUGGCCAACUCAGCUCUGGAGAUCAUUGGCUUGUUGCUGUCUCUCAUCGGUCUGAUCGGGACCGCAGCCAGCACGGGGAUGCCCAUGUGGCGCGUGACGGCCUUCAUCGGCGAGAACAUCAUCGUCUUCGAGACGCGCUACGAGGGUCUGUGGAUGAAUUGCUUUAGACAAGCCAACAUCAGGAUGCAGUGUAAAGUGUACGACUCCCUCCUGGCUCUGCCUCCAGACCUGCAGGCGGCCAGGGGUCUGAUGUGCUGUGCCUUGGCCCUGGGAGGGGUAGGGCUGCUCAUCUCUAUCCUGGGCUUACAGUGCACCGCCUGCAUCCGGGACAACGACCGGGCCAAACGCACGGUGCUCAUCAUCGCUGGCAGCAUGAUCCUCGCGGCCUGCGUCUGCGUCAUCAUCCCAGUCUCCUGGACGGGUCACACGAUCAUCCGUGACUUCUACAACCCGCUGCUGAUUGACGCCCAGCGCAGGGAGCUGGGAGAGGCUCUCUACAUCGGAUGGGUCUCCUCUGCCUUCCUCUUCGCCGGCGGCUGCAUGUUCUGCUGCUGUAACGUCAAAGAGGAUAAAAGGCAAGACAAGUACAUGUACUCCAGGAACAGCCCUAGUCAAUACAUGUCUUACGCCCCUCAACCACAGUACCAGCCCCAAUACCAGCCCCAGUACCAGCCCCAGGCUCUACAGAGGCAGCCGUCCAGUAGCAGCUACCCCGGGUCCAACCACUACCCCUCCAGGUACCCCUCGGAACGCAGUGCUGUGGCUUACCUCUGAGUUUUGUGACUAAAGGGGAAGGAAAGAGUUUUGUGACUAAAGGGGAAGGAAAGAGUUUUGUGACUAAAGGGGAAGGAAAGAGUUUUGUGACUAAAGGGGAAGGAAAGAGUUUUGUGACUAAAGGGGAAGGAAAGAGUUUUGUGACUAAAGGGGAAGGAAAGAGUUUUGUGACUAAAGGGGAAGGAAAGAGUUUUGUGACUAAAGGGGAAGGAAAGAGUUUUGUGACUAAAGGGGAAGGAAAGAGACUUAGUGUUUUAUACCGACAUGGAGGAACUGAUGUAUUCCCACGAGUACGUUUUGAAAAGAAGCCUUUCGGUUGUGUUAAAAGAUGAAUAUCAGCAUAAAGUAAGAGACUAAAAUGAUUGUAAUACACUGUGAAACUCACAAAGAGAGGAUUAAUUGUAAAAUUAUCAUAACAUGUUGAGGAAAAAAAAACGUGUCUAUCGGAUUUGUUUGUAAGAAAGCUGUUUAAAGAUACUAAACACACUUAUAAUAGGUUAACUGGUUAACUGGUUAACUGGUUAACUGGGUAACUGGUUAACUGGGUAACUGGUUAACUGGUUAACUGUGAACUCAGAAAGAGAAGACUUUGAGGGAACCUUAAAUCCUAUUUUUAUUUUUUUAUUAUCCUUUGUAAUCAUAUUUGUAUUUACUUUGUAUUUGUGGGAUGUAUAAGGACACUUUUUUUUUGUGAAAAGACUAUUUGUGAAAAGAUUAUUUGUGUAAAUAUAUUUACAAAUUGUG